AUGGCUCCAGGCCCUGUUGUCGAGGAUGUCGAAGUGGACAUGGCCCAGGACUAUGAUGAAGACGAGGAGCAGAGACUUAUCAACGAAGAGUACAAGACGUGGAAAAAAAACUCGCCAUUUCUCUACGAUAUGAUAUUGAGCACCGCCCUAACAUGGCCUACUCUCACCGUUCAAUGGUUUCCCGAUGUGAAGGAGCCCGAGGGGAAAAACUGCCGUAUUCACCGAGUUCUAAUCGGAACGCAUACCUCUGAGGGCAAGCCGAACCAUCUUCAGAUUGCCCAAGUCGAGAUACCCAAGUCAGUUCGCCCUAAUGCAAACGACUAUGAUGACGAGCGGGGUGAAAUCGGCGGCUACGGUAAAUCCCCGUCUACAGAUGUUACCACAGCCAUGAAAUGGAGCAUCAUUCAGAAGAUUGACCACCCUGGCGAGGUUAAUAAAGCCCGUUACUGCCCUCAGAAUCCCGACCUGAUCGCAACACUAGCUGUUGAUGGCAGAAUCCUUAUCUUCGAUAGAACUAAGCAUAGCUUCGAGCCGAACGGCAAGGUUAAUCCUCAAAUUAGCCUCGAAGGUCAUAAACAAGAGGGAUUUGGCCUCAACUGGAACCCCCAUUCUGAAGGUGCUCUAGCGUCAGGAAGCGAAGAUCAGACCGUCUGUCUUUGGGACCUCAAGUCGCUACAGAAUGGCAGCACUACCCUCGGUCCUUCUCGCCGUUUUACUCAUCAUACUAACAUCGUCAACGAUGUUCAAUAUCAUCCUAUUUCUAAAAACUUCAUCGGCAGUGUUUCCGAUGAUCUAACUCUGCAAAUUAUGGAUGUGAGACAGCCGUCCAAUACUCAAUCAUCUUUGGUUGCCAAAGAUGGACAUAGCGAUGCUAUUAACUCACUAGCAUUCAACCCGUCGACUGAGGUUCUCGUGGCGACCGCAUCCGCUGAUAAGACCAUCGGUAUCUGGGACCUUCGUAACGUAAAGGAAAAGGUCCACACGUUGGAAGGCCACCAAGACGCGGUCACUUCUCUUUCCUGGCAUCCUCACGAAGCAGGCAUUCUAGGCAGUGCUAGUUACGACCGGCGAAUCAUCUUCUGGGAUCUAAGUAGAGUUGGUGAGGAACAACAACCGGAUGAUCAAGAAGACGGACCUCCUGAACUUUUAUUCAUGCACGGUGGGCACACUAAUCAUCUCGCCGAUUUCAGCUGGAAUUUGAACGACCCUUGGCUCGUGGCGAGCGCUGCUGAGGACAAUAUGCUCCAGAUCUGGAAGGUUGCUGAUUCUAUCGUUGGAAAAGACGAAGCCGAUCUUCCGUUGGAUGAACUUGGCAGGUGAGCGAGGCGGAUAUGAUGAAAAGUUGUGACUUGAGCCCUGCUGUUUAGGACAUGGUGGGGGUUUAGGACUGACAGAAGAAGAAGAGGAAGAGGCGGACAUACCCACACGGCAUAUUAGAGCGUUGGCGGACAGGAACACGUUAGUAGUAAUUACUACUAUUGCCUAACCACACAAUUAACUUCCCAGCAGCUUUAUUAUAUGGCUAGGGCUAGGAUGAUAGUGGAUAUCAGGGGGGAGAUGAAGACCAUUGAACCCUUUUCUAUUACAAUGAAGCGUUUAAUCGAGGGCUUUCGAUUUGUACGAUCCGAACGACUACAAUUAUUUCCCCUUGAGCGCAUAUGGAUCAUGGCCAAACCGCUCUACGUGCCGGGCUAAUAGGAUAAUAAAUAAGCGUAUGGAAGAAUGAUCCGAGUUAUUUUACUUAUGCUUUUCUAGACGACUACUCCAGCUGUGAUUUCCCUACCCUUAAUUAUUAGGUUAGGUAGGUAGUUAUGGCUCUAUAAUUAAUCGG